AUGCCAUCCCCAAUGCCGUUCUUCCGAUGGAAAUUCAUUGCGGUGCUCCUCUUCCUGGGGCUUGUCUCUAUGUUGCAUCCUCAGUCAUCGCAUGCUUCCUCCGCAAUGCACAAUAACAACUGGGCAGUCUUGGUUUGCACAUCUCGUUUCUGGUAAGCUCCUCUUCUCCCUCAAUUUUCUCGUUUCUUCUUUUUUCUUUUGAUGGAUUGAUGAAUGAGAAUAUAUCAUACGUUCUCCAAGCACGAAUUGUUUUGCUUUUUUGAACCCGUACGUGCCUAGUUUUCAAACACCACGCACCAGCGCAAACAUCCUAUCCCCUCCGCCCAAUUAGACAUACUUGAUUUCUUAAUUUGAUUAUUGUAUAUUUAUUUGUUUAUUUUGUUUCUCGUGGUUGGGUAUGUUUGCAUGUAAAAUAUGUCGUGAUGUUUGCUCCGUGAAAGUGGAGAAUUCCACUGGAGAGAAGGUGCGAAGCUUUGGGAAUCUCUGGAUGAGGGCAUCCAUCCUAAGUGUGACGUUACUCCACAUUUCACAUCAUUCGCCGACCAUUUGAUGUUUCUCACCUCAGAAUGAUUGACUCCAUAUUACUUGCUCAAAAUUUGUUUCUAUGUUGUUGAUCUGGAUUAUCUUUUGUUAACCAGGUUCAACUAUCGACAUAUGGCCAAUACAUUAUCUUUGUACAGGUAAACAGCGAGAAAGAGGUCAUUGUUCUCAUUUAUUUAACUCUGCAGCUGGCCCACUUGUUUUAUUUUGCCUCUGCAGAACAGUUAAGAGGCUAGGAAUACCUGAUGAGAGGAUAAUACUUAUGUUAGCGGAUGACAUGGCGUGCAAUGCCAGGAACAAUUACCCUGCUCAAGUUUUCAACAAUGAGAACCACCAGAUUAAUCUGUACGGAGAUAAUGUCGAAGUAUGUUUUUUGCUACCUAACCAUUAGAAAAAUAGCCUAUUGUCUAUCUAGGAGCCAUAAACCGUGCUUUUGCGAUUAAAUUUGUGCCCGAUCAGAAUUUAUCCUCCUUAAAUAAUCAGUGCUGACCUAAAAGGUUGCUGAAGCAGGAACAUUACAUAAAUCUAUUUCACAUCAAAUGCUUGGAACUGUACGAUGGUAGAAUUCUUCCUCUUUUAUUUGAUAUUCUCUUGCAUCACUUCCGCAUUUGGUUUUUUAGGUGGACUAUCGUGGAUAUGAGGUUACAGUUGAGAACUUUCUACGUGUUUUGACUGGACGACAUGAGACUGCUGUUCCAAGGUCUAAGCGUCUUUUGAGUGACGAAGGGAGUCACAUACUUUUGUACAUGACAGGUCACGGAGGUGACCAGUUCUUAAAAUUUCAGGAUUCUGAAGAACUUCAGAGCCAUGAUUUGGCUGAUGCUGUUAAACAAAUGAGUGAGAAGCAAAGGUGACCAUAAAAAAAUACAGUUAAACAAAUUUGCAAUGUUUGUUAUCCUUUUCCAUCUGUUCGAUUCUGGAAUGCGGCCUGGUAUUAAUGCGAGUAUUUCCUUAAUUGUAAAAUAACUUUUUUCAUGUACUCUUUGACCAUCUGAUGAACGCAGUUUUGUGUCAACAACUUGAUCGUAUGGCAUAACUUUUUGAGUGGUUUGCUACUCUAACACAACUUAUUGCGAUAUCUUAAAUUUUGAUUUAGGUUCAAAGAGUUGUUGAUAAUGGUGGACACUUGCCAAGCUGCCACCCUCUUUUCCCAGGUCAUUUUAACCUUUUUUCGUUUCGUAACUUGCAUGGUCAUUUUUUUAUACUUCUAUUUUUACCCAUAGACAUUUCUUCUUAUUUUUCCUACGUGGCGUUUGGUGUAUCUGAAUGGUUGUUGAUAAGAAUUUUGGCAAAUUCAAAAAGCUGAGAAGUUAUAACAUAGAUUAUUAUAUAGUGUAGUUUGUUGGUUAUCUGAGAAUGCUUUUUAGCCUUAAAUUUAGUUAACUAAGAAAAUUUUUGUUAGUUGAACCAGAUGGACGGUUGUUUUCUUAGCUCUUAAUGCCAAAGUGUUCAUAUUCUUUGUGGGACGGGAGGUUGAACAUGGUAGAGCUGUUUGAUCCGCGGAUGUAAGACGAGAUUUUGUUGAUUCGAUGAGCACCCUGAUUGUCACAACAAAACAGACUCGGAGCUGAAGAAACUGUACCCUUACCUUGAAGAAGAUCUAACUUCUUCAGGUGUGGUAUAAGCCCUUGUAUUGGAAUGAGAGUAAAUAACUUACUUCUUCUCCUUUAGGAGGCAAAGGAGGAACCUGGAAAGGUGCAAAAGCAUUUAGUAGGGAGAUGAUUAGUUGGUCACCAGCCCUAUCAGCAUGUUUAUAGCCAUGAGCCUACUCAUGUGCAAUGGAAGAUAUGACAAGGAGCAACAAAAAAUUCCGCACAGAUACUCAUAUCUGUGUUGAUAUACUGACUCAAGAUAUUCAUAUAUUGCGAUGAUUUCCGGAUGAGACAUGAUCAAGUGUACAGAGGGAGUGCUGACAAGUUGAUGAUGGUGUCCAGGAUCCUUAAGUUGACGUAAAGUUUAGAAGAGGGACAAGAAGGCUCCGAUUUUUUUGUGCAAAUAGAGAGAAUGGGAACACAAGUUAUAUUGUUAUUUUUAUGCACAAGCUCAAUAGUCAACAUAAGGGCAAAAAGGUAAAAAUAAAUAUAAUGUAGAGAAAGACUGUUCUAUCGUAUCAUAAUCCUCCCUCCUUCCCUCCCUCCCAAACUGGAGGAUGAUCAUAUCCGAGAACAUGUCUCCUAGAAGAACAUCUAAGGAGGAUUUAGUGCAUCAACUUCGCUCUUUUCUCCAAAUACUUUCAACGUCUUAAACAGUCAACAGCAGUUUUUAAUAGUGCCUUUCUGUGGUUGCUUAUAAUCCCGAUCAGGUGUUGUGAUGUUGGACGCAUUAAACCUGGGACAGAGUUGUUACCAGUCUUUUCUGGAGAUUUCUGAUCGCUUUGUCUCGCUGAAUUGUUCCGGAACCUUGGUUUACAAAGUAGUGAUAUGCUCACUAUCUUUAAAGUGAAUUCGUUUUGCCUGCCAAUCAUUCUUUGGGAACUGUACCCAAGCUUAAGGCACCUACCUCUCUGCACCAUGCACCGGAUGGACUUCCACGCUGGUUGAUGUCAGGGCAACAGCUAGCCAAUAUUCAAAGCAGAAGUGCGUAAGAUUUUACACAGAUCCCAGGCGACACCAGACAUAUGAGUGCACCAAGACUGUUUAUUAGUUGAUCGGCUGGCUACUUUUACUUGAUUGUGAAGAUGUGGUAUCCGAAUUCUUUUUUGCAUAUUUAUCUUGCUUCGAAGUUCUGUUGUUUUAUAUUUCUAACACCACUUUUGGAUGCUGCAGUUUGAUUCGCCUGGAGUUUUAUCUAUUGGGAGUAGUGUGAAAGGAGAAAAUUCAUACUCUCAUCAUCUUGAUUCUGAUGUGAGAUAUUCUUUUGUCGUUCUGACUAAUAAACCUCUAUAGACUACCCCUUUGCCCUUUUCACCUUCCUGUGUGUUGAUUUUUUGCCCAUCUGUAAUGUCAUAUCAAUUAUUUUUCUCAAACAUAUCCUCUUUUGUUUUCCAGAUCGGUGUGUCUGUGGUGGAUCGAUUCACUUUCUACACCCUCGCAUUCUUUGAGAAGCUAAACAUUUACAGCAAUGCUUCAUUGAGCAGGUCUGUGAAUAACCUUUUUCUGUAACCGGAGACUCUGGUCUUAGUUCUUUAGCUAUUAACUACUUCAAAUACUGUGCCCAAGUUUUCUUACACGUUUUCUGUUGGUUUUCUAUUGGUUUUCUAUUCCUUUUUAGCAAAGUAUGUCAGGGCCUUUUGAAGUUAUUCGUUUUUAUGGAACCUGAUCUAAUAAAAUUAUUAGCAGACAUCACCUUUCAGCAUUAAAAAUAAAACUCAGACGGUUGACCCCAAAUAAUGAGCUUAUAUUUAAUUAUUUCAUUUUUUCUUAUCAGACCCAUUAAUGUAUUUAUAUACAGGGAGCAUCCGUUUCCAAUGUCAUCUUUGAGAUCUGUCCUCAAUCAUUACCAAUUUAUUUGUUUGGCUGGCUACAAAUUAACUGAUAAAGGGUUGCUUGUGCUAUAUUAUUCAGUGCGGAGACCCGAGUUCUAUCUCCCACUCAGAAUAAUUGAUUUGUAAUGAUGAUUUUGCCAAGCUUCCAUUGGCCGUUCAGCUCUUAAUAUCAUAUUCUUGAGCUUUUGAUCUGGUUGGUCCGCUUCCAUUGCCAAGCUUCCAUUGGCCGUUCUGGUUUUUCUCUGCGGUCAGGGGUUACUCCACUGACAGUAUAUCUUCCUCAGUGGUCAAGAAAUGAACCUGAAUGAGUUUGAUGUAGCCCUUCUUUUUUUCUGAAGUCUAAUUUUUAUGCAUGUUUUUAUUUCAGCCUUUUUAAUUCAUACAAUCCAAAUUGGCUGCUGUCAACUGCGUAUCACCGAAUGGAUCUCUAUCAGCGGCCACUAAACGAGGUAUUCCCUUUCUCGGAAGUUCCUUGGUUUACUUUUUUAUUUUUUUCUGCCAAAUUUUCCUCUCUGUAAGGGCCAGCAAGAUAUCCCAUCUCCUGCUGAUUAAUGAAGCAACCUAAGCCAUCAGGUAGAAGCACGUUGAGAAUGGGUUCGCCCCCCCCUCUAAAGUUAUGUAAACUAGUCAACAUCAAGUUGCGUAUCAAUGGUCUUGUCUUCUGGAAGGUUGCCAUAUACACACACACAUAGGCUGCUGCGGUCAGAUUAGAAAAAUUCCUCGUACAUGAAAAAUAAAAAAAAACCCUCUUUGAAGUUCUUUUUUUUUUUAAUUUGAAAAAUUUCCAAUAUUAUCCCCGGCCAAUCUGAGAUCGACCCUUUUCUCUAUUCCAUACAAAAGAGAGGCCUUCGUGGCCUGGGAACUUGAUCUGUUCAUGCCAUCCCUUUGGGAGGCGGUGAGAUCGGCUCAGACAUGGAUGAACUAUUGUGCUUGCGUUGGUGCGGGAGGGAGUGUUCUUCUAUGCUCCUGUGAACUACAUGGUAAGCUCUGCUCUGGGUUCUUUGUCUCUGGGUGGAUCAGGUGCCCGUCACAAAUUUCUUUGGCUCCGUCAUGAAGACAAUUCACGUCGACUCCGCCUACGGGGGCUCCACAGAUGGGGAAUUCUCGACGGAAACGCCCGUGGAUCUCGCAGCGGAGCGGCGUCUGCUGAGGGAUGGCGAUGCUUCUCACGAGGAUAAAACCGAAGUCGAUAACCCAAAGGUCAGCCUCUCUCUCUCUCUCUCUAUCUCCUCCCCGACUGGAGGCUGUGAGGAAUUCUUUGCUUUGGGAGGCCUGAGGAUUCUUCUGCUCCAGGUUGAACGCUGUGCUUUUCAUCUGUGGUGGAAUCACCUGCAAGAUAUGUUGCACGAGAGAGACGCGGAUGUGCUGGUCAAGUUCGGUCUUGCAUCGAUGGCCGUGCUGCUGGGGUUCUCUCCGUGGCUGUCAUCAUCGUAG